CGGAGGCCGCCAGGAGGGAGAGGCGACGACACUUUUUCCUUAUCAAUUAAAUCGCAAAUUUUGUGUCUUUUCAGCUUGAUGCUGUAGCAGAGGAAGCAUUUCCCGUGGCAUUUCCCGCAAGAAAAUGGCCACGAUAGUCCCUCCUCAGCCUCCAAAUGACCCGGACUUGGAGGUGAAGGUCAAGAAAGCUCUGGAACGCGUGAGUGAGAACAUCCACAUAUCUGCCAACGAGCCAUCGCUAGCCGUGUACCGUCUCCAGGAACAUGUCCGGCGCGCCCUUCCACCCACAGUGUCGCGAAGGCAGCACGUGACUGCCCUCCACUCGCAGCUUCAGGGAGCAUGCUAUGAUGUUGAGUAUGCUCUAGGGGCCGUGCGCAGCAUGCACGACGCGAGUGAGAAGUUCUCGUCCCUGCAGGAGCUGCUAAAGAGUGCCAUUUUCCACCGCCAGCAGCUGAAGUAUGAGCAGACCCGCAGGAAGCAGCGGGAGCCCAGCAUGUACAAGAGACUCUCCUCCCACAUCUCUUCCAUCGACCUUCCUGACCUGCCCGACUUGCCGGACGCCUUCCGUGAGACGGCCUCCCGCGUCGAGUCUGCCCUCCAGCACGCCCGCAGCUCCUACGAAAGCCACACGCGCAAGGAGAAGGAGAAGCCCGAGAAGAAGGGGGGGGAGAAGUCAGACUCCAAGGAGGAUGCAGAAGCAGAAGAGGAAAGGGGGGAGGGGGAGACUUCAGAGGACAAAGAUUCGGACGAGGACCUGAGGUAGCGGGGAGUGGGGGCGAGGGCAGAUGCGCGUCGGCCUCCUCAGCAGAAAGGGCUACUUCCAGAGACCUUGUGGGUUUUCACCUUGGGGUAUGAGAGAGUUGAAGAGAGGGGAAAUAAAAGAGAACAGGAUUUUUUUUUUUUUCUUUUUCUUUUUUUUUUUGGGUAGACUUGGGGCUCCUGGAGAAGUAUAGUGGAACAGACAGAUUGUAGAAGCUAUGGAAGUUAUGUUGUUCCGUUGAUAAUUAUGCUCAAUAUUGUAGUUGAACUAUAUUUUCCUUUUUUUUUUUGUUUUGGUUUGUUUUUCAAGGAAGAUGUAGAUCUACAUAUUUUUUACAUAAGAUUAGAAACCUAAGGCAUCAGCUUUCAAAAAUUAUUCACAUGCUACAAUGAAUUAUUCACUAUCUUGAAAGUUACUGGUGUAUAUUCAAAGAAUUUUAUGAUAUAUUCAUGCUAAAAAGAUCUAUUUGAUGGUGCUGUGCUGUUCUCAUGUGUCCUUCAUUCAAGGAAUGGAGUUUCACAUAUAUGUAAUAUGAAUGCAUAAGGAAGCUAGACGUGUAUUUAGAUCUUCUUUUAAUUAAUUUUAUCUAGUCAUUUCUGAUACUUGUAUAAGAGAACACGUUACCUAUAUAAUCUUGGUUGUAUUUUGGAGUCCCUUUCCUUUUUUUCUGUGUUUUUUUAUUUUUUUUUAUUUACAUCAUAACAAACUAGUGAAAUCCUUUCAAUGAUUCACUUAUUAAUCUUGAUUUCUUGCAAAUAUGAUUCUGUUUGUAGCAAACUUUCUUCAGUAAAAAGCUCUUAUGAGUCCUGCUCUUGUUAAAUUGCUUAAUGUACUAUUCCAUGCAGUGGUAUGAGCACUGUACAUUCCAGAGAUGUGAAGAGGAGAAGGAAGACACUACGAUUAAUAGAGUUUAUAAAUAACAAAACUUCAGGAGUGUAAUGUGUUCAGACCAACCUGAGGUCGUGUUUUCAUAAUAGGUUCAUUGUUGAAACUUAAUUUAAUAUAUAUUGUGUUAUUUAUUUAUGUAUUUAUUAUUUGUUGACAUUCUUAGACCUAGUAGCUAGAUUUAUUUGUGUCUGAAGUAUAUUUCUGAUGUGGAUACACCUACAUUCUCCAAAUUAACUUCACAGAAUUGGAAUUACAAGCAGGAUGAGGCAGUGUGCUUUUAUUGUUGUCUGAGAUUUGUCCAGUGGAAAUGUCAGGGAGAAAUUUGUCUAAUCUAUUUCUGUCCUCUAAUAAAGGCUAAUAAAUGACAAUAAAAAAUAUGAAACUGU